CGGCCCCUUGCCUUCUGUAUUCCGUUUCCAGAGGUGGGAAGCCGCUUCCUCUUGCGUACAAGACUAAAGCCUUCUCCCUUCAACCAUUCCUUGUCGCCGAACCCAACUCCCCCUCCUCCACUCCUCUCAAGGAUCAAACCCUAACCCUAUGUCACUAUUUCUUCAUCUCCCCUUCCAUCCUUUUCUCAAUCUAUUUCCGUCUUUAUGUACCCCAGGUUUGGCCUUCUUCCACCCUCCUUUAAAAGCUUUGAUUCUUUCGAUCCAUAUCGCCAUUCUUGGGCUUCCAGGGGUUUGAACUUCGGCUUGGUAAACCUCGUCCUGUCGGAUGGGAAGCCGAGGUUCGAGACUGGCGAGAUAGAGCCGCAAAAGGAGGAGGCAUCUCGGACCAAGAAAGUGGCUCAAGCUCCGGAGGAAACGGGAGAAGCGUAAGCAGAGAGGAGGCCAACAAGAAGGGCCUUCAGUGGAUCAGGCCCAAGGUAAAGAAGAGGAAGGGCAAGUUCACCACCGCGGAGGCGAGGAUUACAUAUAAGAUUGAGAAGGUGAGAAGCCUAAAACAAUGGUAGGCCAUUUUCACACAUUUCAGAGACUGAGUUUGUUACUUUCCCUUCCCCAUUUAUCUUCUCACUUCUCAUCUCCACUUAGUUGUAUUGCCCUUUAUUACAAGAACUCCAGUCUCUUGGAACCAUGUAAGCGUUCAUUAGUCAUGAGGAAUUUUAUACAUGACUUUGCAAGGCCUGCCUUUUUUCAUGGACAACCAAAGCCUGGGACUUCUUUAAGAUCCAUAAGUUCUGAUGUUUUAUGCAAGGUUCGUAAAAAAAGGCCUCUCCAUGGGCUUCUCACUAGUAUGGAACAAUUCAGUCUUACUGGUUGUUGUGGUAUUCAUACAAGUCAGCUUGUUGGCAACAUGGGCCAGGAUGUGGUAGAGACUCAACAUAAUGCAGGAAAUGUGGUCUCUGUUGAUGAUAAUUGUAAAGCAAAACCAAAGAGAAAAAAGUUGAAAGGAAAAAGAGCGGUAGUAAGGUGGUUGAAGUUCUUCAGGUGGAAGAAGAAGAAGGAGUAUGAAAGGAUGACUGCGGAAGAGAAGAUUUUAUACAAAUUGAGGAAGGCUCGUAGGAAGGAAGAGCGACUUGCCCAGGCAUUAAAGAAACUUGAACCAUCAGAGACAUCAGAAACUACCCAUGACCCAGAGGUUCUUACACCUGAAGAGCAUUUUUACUUCCUCAAGAUGGGCCACAAGUGCAAGAACUAUGUGCCUGUUGGAAGGCGUGGUAUCUUCCAGGGAGUAAUUCUGAACAUGCAUUUGCAUUGGAAGAAACAUCAAACAUUGAAGGUUGUGGUGAAGACAUUUACACCAGAGGAGGUUCGGGAGAUUGCAGCGGAAUUAGCUAGAUUAAGUGGGGGAAUUGUGCUUGAUAUCCAUGAAGAAAAUACAAUCAUCAUGUACAGGGGGAAAAACUAUGCACAACCACCAACAGAGAUAAUGUCUCCGAGAGUUACUCUUUCUAAAAAGAAGGCUUUGGAUAAAUCCAAGUAUAGAGAUGCUCUUCGGGCUGUCAGAAGGUACAUCCCAAAGCUUCAACAAGACCUCGAAGAUCUUCAAGCACAGAUGCAAAGAGAGGGAGAAAAUGAGGGCAAGCCUUUCACCAACAAAGAAAUUCCAGAUGGUGAAGGUGAUAGAACAAUUUCUGACCAGCAGCUGGAAAGAUUAGAGGAGCUCAAGGUGCAAGAAGCUGGAAGCAAUGAGCUGGAGGAAGAUGAAUCCUUGGAGUCGAGCACUUGGUCAGAUUCUGAAGAUUUGUCAGAUAUAUUUGAAACAGAUUCUGAAGGUGAGACAGAGGAUAAAUUGGAGAAGCCUCUAUAUUUAGAUGCAGUCGAAAGGUUUCCAUCGGUGAAUGGUGGGAUGCCAGAUGAUUUUGAGGAGCAUUUGCGUCAGAUUGCUGCUGCAUCGAAGAUCGGUGAUUCAUUGGAAAAGGAUGUAAAACUAGAAGACCUUGAUGAGAUUGACAAGAUAUUCUUAAGAGCUAGCUCUCUUUUGAAGAAAAGGAGAAGAUAAUUUAAAUUGUGAUGAUUAUUUGAUUUUUGUUGUAAAUUGGAGUGAUUGUUCCAUUAGCUUUUUUUUUGGAGAUGUCCCAUAAAGUCCCAUAUUCUUCUUGUUCUA